CAAGAUUCGUGCAUCGUUUUCAAUCCAUCUCGAUACUAAUUUAAUAUCAUAUACAUUGCGCUGGCCCAUCCGCGAGCAGUUGGAUCAUGGCUUCCAGCUCCAAGGAACUGCUACCCAGAACCCGUCACGAAGCCAUCAAGGAGUGGCAGACCAAGACACAUCCCGAGGCUGAGGCAACAACAAAAGCUGAUAUCGCAUCUCUCUACGAUGGGUUGCUUAGUUUCCUAAGACUUGCUCUGAAAGAAUUGGAGAGUUGCGAUCCUCGACCAGACUAUGUUCCGUCACUGGAAAAGAGCGUGGCUACUCUAUUCUUUUGGGGUCGUGAUCUGGAAGUGCCGCAAGGCGAGCUCGACUUGACCCUUCAAUACUCUCAUCGUCUUCGCGAUACUGUUUUGACCCUGCUUGUUUCGUUAGGAGAUCUUCUGAGCCACGGCCUUGUGCGCAUUGUCCCUAGUUCCAAAAAACGGAAGGCUUUGUUGGCCAAGUCCAAUAUCGCUAGAUCCACAGAGCAAGCAAGAUCGAUACUUGAGGAACCUUUGGAAGCCGCGUGCUAUGAUGACUAUGACGUUGCAGAUCUUUGCUCGACGUUGCAGACCAAGAUUGAAAGUCUCAACGUGCUAAGUGCAAGCCUCGAAACGCCGGCAGAUGACGAGGCUGAUGACGAAGAAGUCCGGCAAUGGGAAGAGCGCGAGGACAGGUCCGCACACGAAUACUUUGUCGACCUUGUCAGAUCCCGGUUCCCUUCCGCUGAUCGACUUCUUACCCUCAAACUUGGCCAAGCGAACUGGGCUCGUUAUAAUCAUGUUAAUCAUGUUCAAGCUCUACGAGAUGUCGUCGUAAGUGCGCCCGGACCGACGCCAGAAGCUGGACCCGAGAAUGCAAAAUCCGAGUUCCAUGAUUCUGGGAUUGGUAGCUCUGCCUCCGGGGAAGUUGCACAACCCAAAUAUGCAGCAACUGUCGUGUCGAGCAGAGCGGAGGCGAGUCAUAAACGGAUGCCUCCCCUCCCUGCUGACGGUCGAGCUGGUAAACCCUUCCUAUGCGAAUUCUGUAACAAAAAGAUACGGGUCCAGAGAACGAAGCAUUGGAAAAACCACAUAUUUGAAGAUAUCUGCGCAUACACGUGCAUUUUCAAUGACUGUUCAUUCAAUGGCACAUGGUUUAAGGAUCGAGUGGCUAUGACCGACCAUCUGGAAGUCAACCAUAAGAUCAAUGAGACCACAACAAGACAAGCUUGCCCUCUGUGUCUUGAAAAUAUCGAUGGAGGGCUCACUGUCAUUGCUCUUCAUUUUUCGCGCCACAUGGAGGAGAUAGCUUUGAGAGUCAUCCCUCAAGGGGCUGAUUCGGAUGAAAGUUCCAAUGAAUCGGAUGAUGACUCUAGCCAGCCGGGCAAUGAUACUCCGUCAAUUCAACCUGUUGCGGCGUCCGAAGUGAGAUACACGAGGAUAAGACCACUCGAAUUUGCAAAAAGGGGAUUGAAGGUGUACGAUUGCGAGUGCGGGAAGUCCUAUACACGAGCAGAAAGCCUUAGGCGUCAUAAGAAAAACCAUGCUUCGGGCAAGCUCGACAAGGCUGUUGUGUAUAAGCACAUAUGCAGCUUUCCAGACUGCGGGAAGUCGUUUACACGAGAGGACAACCUCAAGGCCCAUAAGCGGAGGCAACACGGAGAGAUGGAGUCUAAGGCUCCCAUCCAGGAAGCAAGCGGCACGAUUGUGGAACCUCCCAAUCCCGUCAGUUACCCCAUGGAACCUUGGAUUCCUGCUGGGCCCCAAUUCGAUACGAACAAUCCUUUUAUUGUGAAUCCCGAAUGGCGUGGUCCCUUUGAUCAGCAUGGCCAGAGCCUUUAUACGCCUUACAAGAAUGGUGUCAUUCUACUUGAACCUGACCAGAAUGAACCUGACCAGAAUGAACCUGACCAGAACUUUUAUACGCCUAACUCUCCAUCUGGUCUCGCAUUAUUUGGACAACAUGAACCUGGAAACGACGCUCCGGUUGACUCUUUUAGCCCGCUUGAUGAUAAAUUUUAUGCAAAGGAGCAAUCAGGAUCUCUCUGGCCGCCAGAUCAUAUCUUCAAUCACCAAAAUUUUGGUCCACAUGGUCAUAUUCCACUCGAGGCCAGCUCCCAAGAAUACUCUUAUGAUCCGUCUGAUCAUACCCACCAGGCGAACACACCUCAACGAGAUUAUUCAAAUGGCCAGCCCGGUCAAUUUCAACCUCGUCCGAUAUCGCCAAAAUUCCAUCUCUAUGAUGGAGUUAACUAUGGCUCUCGUCGUACUGUUAUGAUGGAUCCCCCCCCCUUAGAAACUCAUGAAACUCAUUCGACGAGAUACACUUGGAAUUCUGAGAUCCAAACCUCGACUUUCUUGCCAAAUUAUACUGGCCCCUCUCAGUUCGAACGUCCUCCAAGUCCUGCGAUCGGCUCUUCAAGCAAUCGGCUGAAAAGUUCACCUUUCCAAUUGGACUUUCGUCGUGCACCUAGUUCACCCUACUACCAGCCGGCCAAACGUGAUCUAGCUUGGUACCGAACCCACCAGGAAGCUGUAUUCAAUAAGUUCGAGCGUGAGCCUCGUCCAGCCCCUGCCAUAAUACCUGCUUCGCCUGCUGCCUCACCCCCUCCAGCACAACAUCGAAUCUCUUCCCCUUUCUCAUUCCCAGCUUCACUUGAUGCCUCACCCCCUCCAGCACAACAUCGAAUCCCUUCCCCUUUCUCAUUCCCAGCUUCACUUGAUGCAUCACCUCGUCCAGCACGAGAUCGAGCCCCUUCCCCUCCCUCGCCACCGCCGGCAGAACCCCAGGAGGAUGCCUUCGUCCGGUGCAGAUGCAAGAGAAAAGAAGACGACCGAAACAAGGUCCGGUGCGAAAUUUGCGGCUUGUGGUAGCAUAUCUAUUGCUACUACCCCUCCGUCAAUGAUGUUCCAGACGUUCACGAAUGCGUUCGUUGCCGACCUCGUUCCAUUGCUCGUAGUACAUUCACCAAUUUCAACAACGCCCUAAUAUAGACGCGGACGUGAUCGUAUCUUAUAUCUUGACUGGUUUUCUCAAUGCCAUGGGGCUCACUUACCUUGGGAAAAAGUGAAUGUUUGUGCAGCAGCUAGCAUGCCUAAGGGCGAUCAAGUGUUUCAAGGACAAGGAGCAAUUUCUGUUGUUAGAACAGAAUCGUGGUUAUAGUUAGUUAUUGAAUCAUGUACACCUAAACGCAGUGAUUCGAAUAUAUGGCAUC